GCUGCUAUCGGGCCAGUGCGCUGACGUCUGGUUCCCGGAGUCCGCGCCGGGCGGGGGAGCCAUGGAUAUCAUCAAGGGAAACUUAGAUGGAAUUUCCAGGCCGGCCUCCAACUCGAGAACCCAUUUUGGGAGCAGGCUUUCCAAUGCUUCCUUAGAGGUGCUGUCCCCCGAACCUCGCUCCUUCAAGGUCGAUACUGCAAGCAAGCUAAGUUCUGGUAAAGAGAACCGCUCAGAAAACAGCACUGUGGAAGAACGAAGACCCAGCAGUGCUGACAAAUGGGCUGACUACUCUGGGAAAGUAAAAUGGGCCAAGGCCGGGCCGGAUGAAGAUGUGGGCAUUGCUCAAGAUCAGAUCACACUGGACCGUUCAGACUUUGCAUAUGAUCUGAAAUUGGAAGAAUCAGAUUCUCAACUUCAAGAUGCUAUUCAUAAGAUGAAAAGACUUGAUAAAAUUUUGGCAAAAAAACAACACAGAGAAAAAGAAAUCAAGAAGCAAGGUUUAGAAAUGAGAAAAAAGCUGUGGGAUGAACUUAAGUCUGCAAAAAAUAAUGACAUCUUGCAAAGCAGUGAAGAGAUGGAAAAUACAAAGAAGUUUUUAUAUUUGACUGUUGAAUCUGAAGAACCUGUUGAUCCUUCUCAUUAUGAAGAUGAAGAACAUUUUUUCUCAGUGUUUCACACGCAACUCCCUCCAGAAGAUUAUGAAAACCAUAUGCAGAAGGUCGACCAGGGUUUCACUUGUGAUGUGGAAAAAAAUGCGCCACUGAUUAAAGCAGAAAAGAACUCUUUCUCAGACACAGAGAAGGUCUGGGACAGACAUAACCAGGAUUUUAUUAAGCGCAACAGUAUUGGGGGGAAAAUGCAGAGUGACCUAGUAAUGUUUUCCUCUUAGGGUGAUUUGCCCGGGCGCCUCGUCCCAGGAGAGGGGUAUACACUGGCACCCAGCCAGCAUCAGCAGCUGGCUGACAUUGACACAAAGCUCCAGGAGCUCUCCGCAGUCUCUCCACGGUGUGAAAGUCAGAAUAACCAGGAAUCUGACCUUGGUGAUGAAAAAAUUAUGGAGCUAGUCCCCGGAGACAAAGUGCUUCGAAACACCAAAGAGCAGCGAGACCAGCAAAACCGGCUGAAGGAGAUAGACGAUAAGCUGCGGAAGAUGCAGGAAGAGGUGUUAGAUUCCACACCACUUCUCUCUGAGCAACAGUUAAAGAGUCUUCUGGGUGAAUGCACAUGCAAAGGACAAGCCAUCACCAGGCUUCCCUCCGAAAGAGAAGGCAGAGUCACGGAGGACGGCACGCCUCAGUCCCCCCAGCCUUCCCCGCCCGACCUCUCUGGGUUAAGUGGCUCAGAUGCAAAGGUCCGGAAGCCAGAGGGAGAAGAUGCAGAUGAGCUUGAGAACUGGCACCGUGAGGCCAACCAAGGCUGCUACCUCGCGAAAGCCUUGGAGGGGCAUUGCGUGUCAGAAGCCCUGGCCUUCGAAGCAGAGACUAUAAAACAUCUUCCGCUUUCCAAGGAUGAGGUUAGCAGUGACACGCAAGACUAUUUUAUGUCCAAGACCCUUGGCAUCGGGAGACUGAAAAGGCCUUCUUUCUUGGAUGAUCCACUGUAUGAUGUCACUGUGAGUCUUUUGUCAAAGGACCAAAAUCUGGAACUCAGCCCUCCGGAGAAAGCAACAGCAGGAACAUGA